UCCUCAGUAUUUUAUUACGUGUUCAACAUAUAACUCCAAAAUUUUAAAAUUUUCUAAGCCUCUUUUACUUAGAUUGAUUGUAUUACUUUGAAUUUGAGCACGAGAAACACGUAAAAACAUCGGAAACCCGACUGUAAAAAAAAAAAAAAGGAAAAAAAAAAAAGAAAAAAAGUAAAGCAAUGAUGCGCAAAGAGGAUGCGAAGCGUCAAAGGUCGAGGAGAUCCCUGAGAUCCCUGGGAGGUCAGGGUUCACUGGCGGAGUCCGAAUGCCGGGAGCCCGAUCCGCUGAACACCUUCGCGGAGAAGCCGCUCAGCAUAUACCAGUGGAUGCGGUGGAAGAACUGCAAGACCAAUAAGGUGCACCUGCAGGAGACCUACCCCAUCAUCCGACCGCCGAUCUCCAAAUGUCGCGAGUCUGAGACCCUGAAGUUCGUUGACGAAGCAAUGGAAGCCAACCAGUGCCAGCGGCUCUCGGACUUCGGCAAGGAAGACGUUCUGUCCGUGUGGAGCUCCAGUCCGCGCAAGGACACCCUGCGAUGGUACGGCAUCGACGCCAGUUACCCCACUCCGCAGGCUGCUUCCUACAAUCGAGCCAUGCAGAAAAGCCUCAAGGCUGCCAGUCUGCUGUUCAAACCGCCGAGGAAGUCUUCCAGCAAGCCCAAGAGACACCCGAAGGAGAAGGAGAAGCCCUCGGAGCCGGGCGCUUACGUCCUGAACCGGGACUGCCUAAAGGCCAAGCUGGACAGGAUGCCCAAUGUGCGGCGGCAGCUGCGCCCGAGCAACGCCUUCUCGUUUCUCCACUGCCCCGAACCGCCGGAUCCGGAGCACCCCUUCGAGGACACCGCCGGCCAUCCGGAGAUCAGCUUGGAGCAGGCCAUGGACAUGGCCAUCCCGGAGAAGCCAUCGAAGCACGGGCUGCGCCGGAAGCACUGGUACUGCCCCCCGAAGUGCGGCGAAGAGGAGAACAAGUGCACCGACUUCGCCUGGGCCCAGUACAAGCAGGAUCCUCGUCCCUACGACGAGGCCUUCCAAAGGGAGUUGGCCGGACUGCAGGUGGAGGCCAAGGAGCCGGAGCCCCGCAACUACGACGAGCUGUACAACUCACUGGUGACCUGCUUCGAGCCCGACCCGAACGGACCCAACGAUCUCUGCGAGGCGCUCGCCAAGUGCUGCAAGGAUCCCGAGGAGCCGCCCAGCCAGGGAUGCAGCGAGUUCGUGCCGGAAGGCCCCGGCGGAGGUGGAGGUGGUCACGGGGACGGGGGCAAGGAUCGGGACAAGGACCGGGACAAGAAGCGGGAUAAGGAUAAGGAUAAGGAUGAGGAAAAGGAUAAGGAUAAGGAUAAAGAUAAGGAUAAGAAGAGGGGUGGUGAUCGCGGUGGCGAUGGCGAAGGCGGUGGAGAUGGCGAUGGCGGCGGCGAUGGAGAUCGUAAUCGUAAGCAGCGCGAUAAAAAGAAGGACGGAGGAGGAGGAGACAAGGGCGUUGGCGAAGGCGAUGGGGAUGGGGAUACAACGAAAAAGGACAAAGACAAAAAUGUCGAUAAGGAUAAGGAGAAGGAUAAGGACAAGGACAAGGGCAAGGGCAAAAAGAUGCGCGAGCUCAACGAGGGAAGCCCCGAGGAGAAGCCUUCCGUUCCGCGAAGCCAUGAAUCCCUUACGGGCGACGAGAAACCACCUAAAGCUGGUGGAAAUCGCGGUAGCGACCAGCGCAAGGACAAGGAAAGGGAAAGCGGCAUCGGUGGCGAUAAGGACACGAGCCAGGACAAAGGCAAGGACAAAGGCAAGGACAAAGGCAAGCCCAAGGGCAGCAAGGACAAGCGCAAAGGCGACAAGCACAAAGGCAAGAAAAAAUUUCACAGGUCAAGAGAGGAUAUGGACAAGGACAAGACGAGUGAGAAGCCAGUGAAGGACUGUCCCUGCGAGAUCUGCUGUCCGGCAAAGGAGGAGGACUCGCCCCUGAUCAAGGAGAUGCGCCGGCGGGACCGGGAGCGCCAGGUGCGCGAAUACCUGCGCCAGAUGCGCCACCGGCAGUACAUGGAGUGCCGGGACCCCGAGUACCGCUCGCCCCACCACAAGUGCAACCCCAUCGAGUGCAGCAGCCAUUUCUGCGGCAAUCCCCGCCUGCAGACCCACUUCGGCCGGGUCCAGGCGGUCCAGCAGUUGCAGUCGGCUCUGCAGCUAAGGAACCUGAAAGGGGACGACCAGAUCACCAGGAAUCUGGACGCACUCCUCGCCCGACUCUGCAACCGCCUGACCUUCAGGAGUGCGGAUCCCUGCUGACCACUGAUCCGUGGGAUCCUCCGUGUUUUGUUCUUUUUCUACUAGUCCAAGUAUCUCAAUGUGUUCUUUUAAAUAAACCCGGCGGAUUGUUAAUCUAAA